AUGUUGUUGCCGUCGCCGUCGCUUAGCGUGUGCGACUCGUUGGAUGGCAUCGAUGACCUGGAUGCAUUUCUGGCUGCUCAAGGACCACUCUCGCAAUUCGCCACGCCGCCUUUGGAGAACAAGAAGGAUGUCGUUGUGGUUAAAGCUGUGGAGGUGAUCGACGAUGUUGAAUCUGGCGGCGAGUAUGUGGAGCUUGAUCAUGAUCGCGUAGCACUCCACUUCGCUUCGGAAGCUGCUGGAAGUUCGAUUUAUACUGGCCCUGACCUCGACGAAGCUCUUCGCAUUCAAGACAUGCUGGACCUAGCCAAGUUGCCACCAGAGAUCCUUGCUCUGGCAUACAAUAUCCUAGCCAACUACAGCGCUCACGAUGAUGGCUACAGUCUUACCCUCCAUCCAUCUGACCUAGUCGUCCUUUCCACACUAGUACUGGCUGUCGAUUACACCACCGACCAUGCACCACGGACGAGCUGGUGGUCGCGCAAUGUCUGUCAAGCUCGAUGGACCGCCAAGCAGAUUGACAAGGUGAUGCUCCACGUCUGCUCUAGCCUGGAAUGGAAUCUAUAUAGCCUUGCAUUACCAGAGGCUGUAGUGCAUGGCAUGGAUCGGCUUCGAUCGAGUCUACCUUACGAGCACGCAGUACCGGAGCUCACGCAUUCUUAUUCUACCGACUCGCUGGACCAUGUGGCAAAAGCUGCCGAUAUGAUCAGGACGCCUCGAAUGGUAGCGUGUAAUGCUAAGUCUCCAUUGAGAUUAGUACCAGUCAAACCGGAUGUGAUGGUGUCGAUGGUCUGGGCACACGGUCAAAUCACACCCAACGAUACGCCGCCGGUGUCUGCGGUUGAGAUGAAGCACUCCGAGUCGUGUUUUUUAAGAUUGCUCUAA